CUUGUUUCAGAGCAGGCUGAACCCCGGACACUACUUUUCCUCCUGAUUUUCUCAGAACACUCUAUUCUGCUCAAGGGCAUCAUCGGACCAUCUCAGGAAGAGGGGAAAGAUGACCAUGCUGGCUCACCAGUACCCUUCUUGGAUCUUCAUCAAUGACAGGACAUUCAUAACCAGGGAACAACUUAAUUCUUUAUUGGAGACCUAUAAUGUUUUUUAUGGAAACCAGAAAAAUCUGCAUAUUUUAUAUGGACAGGCGGAAGAUGGCAACCUAAUUGUGGAAGGAAUGCUGGACAUUUUCUGGGGAGUGAAACGACCUAUACAGCUGAAAAUACAAGAUGAGAACCAAAUCUCUCCUUUCACUACAUUGAAGUCUCCAGAAACCUUUUCCACCAAAGGAAUGACUCGCUGGGGAGAAUUUGAUGAUCUUUAUCAUAUUAGUGAGUUGGACAAGACCCAGAUCCCAGCAUCUGAAGCAAGGAAUUCUCAGGAAGACUAUUUGUCUUACCACAGCAGCACUCUGAAACCACGUGCAGAUGAAGAGCCACGGUCCUCACUGCUUUACAGAACCAUGAGUGAAGCAACCCUGGUGAGAAAAAGGAUGAGGCCACUAACGAUGGACCGAAAAGACAGACAGAACCAUAGGGCCUCUAUUAACGGACAUUUCUAUAACCACGAAACAUCAAUUUUCACUCCAACCUUUGGAUCAGAAACUAAGGUCAGAAUAAACAGUAACAUGAGAACUGAGGAAGUCAUAAAGCAAUUGCUCCAAAAAUAUAAGAUUGAAAAUAGUCCCCAGGAUUUUGCUCUCUACAUUAUUUUUGCCACAGGAGAGCAGAGACGGCUGAAGAAGACAGACAUCCCACUGCUGCAGAGGCUCCUACAGGGACCUUCCAAGACCAACGCUCGCAUCUUCCUGAUGGACAGAGAUGCAGAAGAAAUCAGCAGUGAUGUAGCUCAAUACAUUAACUUCCAUUUUUCUCUCUUGGAAUCCAUUCUUCAAAGAUUAAAUGAAGAAGAGAAAAGAGAGAUUCAACGAACAAUAAGGAAAUUCAAUACAGAAAAGGCCAUUAUACGACAAUGUCUUCAAAGUAAACGGACAGUAAAAACAGAGACGACGGUUUAG